AUGAGGAACAUGAUAAAAAUGGACACAAAUAAUAAAGAAAAAUCUGUCUUUUCGUUUACUAUAAGAGACUCUCCAGAAGAUGUAGUUAAUAUAAGUGUUUGGGGUUCUAAUGAUUAUACUAGACGUUUAUAUAAUGACUUUAAAAUCGGAGAUGUUGUCUUGGCUUUCUCAAAUUUGUAUUUGGAAUGGAAUAUUUUUAAAAGAAGYAUGACAGCUGUUGUCUCCAAUAAAACAAUUGUAACCGAGGAUCCAUUUACAAAUGAAGCUAAUGAUUUAAAAAAUUAUGCAAAUACAUACUUGACUGGGCUGUCUACUAAACUAAUCAUUAACAUUCCCAAUCUGUCAACUAUAACAGACAUUAUGACUUGUAAACGAGUUUUAAUCAAAUCUAAUGAAAUUAAUGGACAAUUUACAGCUAUCUUAUAUGCAAUUGUGAGUAAAUUUAAUAUUGAUGGAUUAUCUCCGUUGGUUCUAAAUAAGUGUAAUCUAUGUGGUAUGAAUGUGAACAGUACAUACUUAUUGUGUGUUAAUCCAGAAUGUAMUUCUAAUUUUGAAAAGGAAAUUGGAUCAUAUGAAUUAGAAACUAUAUUAAAUAUUCGAUUAUCAAUAACAGAUUCAACAGGCACUCUAGAAAACUGUAUAUUGCAUCAUGAAAUUGCAACCAAAAUGUUAAACGGGGUAAGUAAUAUUGGUAAGAAAAAAUAA